AUGAAUCCAUUCAAUGACAACUACACUUCUCCAUUUGAUGAAAUGGAUGCUCUUUUAGGAGAGAUCUUCCGCGAGGCUCCAAAACCUGAUCCAAAGCCUUUGGCUUUCCCUGCUCGGACGCUACACUCGGUCGACCUGAAAGCAGCUUUCCGAGUACUUGCUCGGGCACGAAACAAUCAGAACCUGCGCUACCUGGGAUCGGCCUACAUACAACGGGAGAAACCCGACCUGUGUAAGCAGUUGGACCACGUGGCCAACGUCCAAUUACCUGGGGAAUUGAGCAGCUAG